UUCUUGCUUCAAGAAAGAAAUGUAUUUGAAAGCUUACUAUACAGAUACUCUGGAAGUAGAUGUGUAACAAUAGUGCACUUUUUCUUCCAACAGUGAGCCUCAGUUUACUUUUCCUGGUUAAACAGAUCAUGUAGGCCUUUGUCUAAAACAUUUUUCCAACUUCAUUUUGAAACAAAAUUUGGAAAGUCAAACAGGCAUAUCCUUUGAAUGUCAGAAUUUAAAAAUUGUUCCAGCCUGUGAGGCUGGUGUGUGCAACCUUGCUCCUUUGGUUAAACGUUUUUUCCUUUGGUGAAAGGAAUCUUCAAACUGUCUUGCAACACUGCUCCGUAGUUGGAGGAAGAGGAAGCAAACACCACUUAAGCAUUGUCCCAAAUCACCAUUGCUCUUUCAGUCUGUGGCGUCUUCCUUUUUUUCAGCUGCUUUCUUAAUUUCUUUCUUGGAAGCCAAAAGUAGCUUCAUGCAGUUUUCCUAAGAGUUGAGUUAUUUAUCAUCUUCUCCUUUGCCAAAUAAUCUGUAAUGGAAUCCACUACUUUUUCUCUGCCUGAGGCUGUUUAUUGCAUUGUCCACUUGCUUUUGACUUUCUGUCUCAGUCCUUUUGAUUGCUUAUUCUGUCUGUUUUCUGCAGUGUUGUAGUUAAUUGUAGCUGUUAGAAACAUCUUGAGGACUGUAAGUUCAAAGAGCCUUAGGUCUUGGCACAGUGUCCUUCCUGUAGGUAACCUGUACUCACCUGUCACUCAAGCUGCUUGCAAGCUGUUGGGUGGCAUGCAGGUCCAGGGAGCCCUUUUAACAGGAUUGUAGUAUACCUUAAAGGGUGGACUCUAGUUUUCAUUAUCAAACCAGCAGGAUAACCGGAGCUCUCUAUAUUCCCUGUGUUUUGGGAAGAAUGGUGUACUGAAUCUUGAGUAUACUUCAGGUUUGGACCAAGGUGUGCUGGUGUGGCCAUCCAGAUCUUAUAACUAGCAAUAGGAUCAUAGUUGAAAAGUUGUUGGGUGCCUGUCAUGGCAUUGUUUGUGCAGUUAAUGAAGAUUUAUUUCCUAAAGGGCGUUGUGCUUUGUAGUUGCUAGUCUCUUGGGGAAAACUGGAAAAUCGUUUCCUUUUUAAAAACACACAGAAAACUCACUUGAUUCAGAAAACUCCAUAGCACCACUCCUUUGCUGCCCUUCUCUUCCCCCAAAAAUUACUAGUAGAGAUUUAUUGUGAUUUCCCUUAAAGUUUGUGGUUAAUUUUAUUAAGAAGCAUUUGUAUUAUCAUGCCACACUUGCCAGCUGGUUUCAGCUUCAGACAGCAGUGAGAUUCUGUCACAGCACUUUGGUCAGCUGUGAGCAUCUGUGGCUGCUGAGCUAUGAUUUGCAGGCUUUUCCAGUGUCACUGCAGUAUGAGCCUGGAUUUACUGAUCUGUUAAAACUGAAUUUUAAUUCUGGGGUGGGACGACUCUUUGAGCCUGAUCAUAUUGAUGAUGUGAAGUUGCCUUGGGAUUUCCUUGCACUGAACUGAAAAUAGUCACAGACAGGAGAAUGCUCGGGGAGGUGCCAUUUAGGCUUAAAUGGUUCUUACUCUUCUUCAUCUGUCCAUUAAUCCUGCUGCUGGAAAUGGAGAAAUGCAUUGCUGGAGCCUUGGCCCGAAUAACCUGUGCAUCCUCUAGCAGUGGGAGCAAAAGGCUCUGCACCCCUUGGUGGAUUUUCUUAACUGUCCUUCUUUCUCAUCUUUGCCUCACUUCGUAAUAGCAAAAGGGAAUGGAAAGGAAUGGAUGGAUGCUGGUCUGGGGAACAGAAUGAAUUCUCUGAAGGUAGAUAAUGAUGUAUGUAUAGGUGUGUGUGCAGUCAAUUGUCUCUUGAAUUUUCUACUGCUGCAAAGACACUGAAGAAAUUUUGGAAGUGGGAAAAGUAGAUUUUGCUGUCUCAGUGUUAAUGUUUUUAUCUGCUUCUUUAUGUUUUUAUUUAUUGGGGUAUGGAAACAUUGAGUGGCUUCUGGGUUUUACACAUGUUCUUUUUUUUAGCUGUAGAGAAGUUAUUUCUCCCCCCCCAAGGGAGUUUCCUGUGUGUAUGGAAAAAUAAAAAACAGAAGUGAAAAAUACUUCAGGCUUCCAAACCUGUCACUCACGUUUCACUUCUCCCACUACCUUUCUCGUCAUACAAGUAGUCCAGCAGUCCUUCCCCUACCCCAUAGCAAUGCCAUCCAUCUACAAAGCUAGACAAUGUCAUAGCAAAUAUGGUAGCUAACUUGGCACACCAAAUUAUUGCAACAACCUGUGAACCACUGGGGAAAAAAAAAUUACACAGUGUUACACUUUUCUGGUGUUUAUCUUUAACUUGCCAGAAUGUUUUAUUAGGCUUUUUUCAGGCUAGUAAAUAUAACAUAACUUUGAUACCUUUUCCAAGAUGUUUAUAGGUAUAAAUAAACUCAUUAUGCAACUCAUGGGCUUGUUUUGUUUAAAAAUCCACUUAAGGCAGGGGCCCUAAAAUUGUGUGUAACUCAAUAGUUAAGUUGCAUUUCAUAAUGUGUUGGUGUCAUUAGAAAUUCUGGACACUCUCUGUUUGCAAUCUGACUAUAGAGCAAAUGGUUUCUUUAUUUCUUAUGCCUUAGUGAGCAGUGUAUAGAUAACAUACUGUAUUGAAUAUGAAUGUUGUCUUUAUUUAAUCUUUCCCACAACCAUGUAAGAUAAUUUAAGCAGUUUAAAACUCAUAUUCUGAAUUUUCUUCAUUUGUUUAGGCUGCAUUUUGUGUGUUCUCUUGUCAUGGAACAGGUUUGUGGGUUUUUAGCCUCUUAAGUUGUUCUAUAAAUGGUAGGACUGAAGAACCUCUGUAUCCUGUAUACUUGUGCCUUGUAUGGUAAGGACAGUUUACUGGACAAUACCAUGAACUCCUUCAUCCCUAAUGGGCAAAGUGCAUUGGCAGUAGAUCUCUAAGGCAUAAGCUUAUUGUCUAGCCAAAUGGCAUAUGCAAAGUGAUCAGCUGUGAAACAGUUAUUUCCAAAUUCUGCUUCAUCUUUUUUGAUGACACUGGAAAUGUCUAUCCAGCUUCCAGUUUUCAUAAAGCUCAUAGCAACUUAAUUUUCUUUAAAAGCUCUUUUCUUCUUUUUAAACUUAGUUAAAACUGAUUUAUGGGCUUCUACAUUAUUGCAAGGAUGCCUAAUCAAUUUAUUAAUUGUACUAAUACAGUACUAAGCCUGCUCUGUGGACAGAGUAUGCCAUAUUUUCCAGAAUGCAUUAAUGCCUUGAAGAAAAUAUACCGUUUUUCUAAAAUGAUGAAUUCUAAGUGUUACCGUUUAAUAUAGGUUAUCCCUCGAUUUUCUGUCAGAUGAGACUUUUUUUCUUCAUUUAUCUUGGCUGCGUGGCUAUCUGCAUAUUUUCAUUCCAUAGUUCAGGUUAUCUCUCUGAUUGUUGAACUUUAAUGAUUGCAUGUGUCAAUUUUUUCUUUUGUUUUGGAGAGUUCAGUCUGCUCUGUUUGAGGCAGCAGUGGGCAGAAAUUUCAGGAAGGAGAUCUCUCUAUAGACUGGCAUGUUCCACAUAGUACAUACUUGGUCGUCAUGUGUUCGUAGUCAUUUUUAGCUGGUCAAGGUACAUUUGACAGGGGUGGUAGCUGCUAAUUGAAAUGACAAAUUUGGUUGUUUAGUGCUUCAAGGUACUUGUGGCAAUUUACAUUCCCUUCUGGCCUGAAUGUACUUGGAAGGAUGAGACAGUGUUUUGAAAAGAGGUUGGGUUUGGAGCUCAGCAGUUGGGAGCCUUCACAACACUGCUUAGGCACGCUUUUCAUGCUGUAAAAUCCUUGCAAAAAAUUGUGCCAGCACAGGCGUUAUUCUGGGAAACUUGUGUUGUAGUAGUCACAGGUUCAAGAUCAGAAGUUAAGUGCUGUUGGGUAAUUUUUUUUUUAAAUACUGGUUCCAUAAAUACUUAGAAUACCUUUGUUAAGUAAAGUUUGUCUCAAAAAAAAUUUCUUGUUUUCAAAUUGGCUUCAUGGUUUAUAGUGUACCUCAUUAAGAUGCAGGGAGAAGUUUUACCAGUAAUUUGCAUCCGUGUGGAGUUUAAACUUGACAAACCUGAAAAGCAAGCCUCCUUAAAUUAAGUAUGAUUCACCCAAUUUCCAUUUUAAAAAAUGGACAAUAAUAACUGCUUUGCAUUUGUGCUCUUCAGAUAUUUUCCUUAUGAAAAAUGCUGCGUAAAAGCUGUUAGGGCACAGUAGGAGCAUGUUUGACUAUGUAAGAGAACUGUAAUACUAUAAUACCAGAAAAAAGGAUGAUAAGGUGUUAGCUUGCUGACAUUCCAGCCAUGUAAUCUAAUCUUUUCAUAUGGUUAUUGUAAAUGUACUGUGAUAAGGAGGAGUAAAAGUUUAUUAUUGGAGUGUCUGUUUAAUUAUCUUGUACAGGAAUCAUUGACCCAGUUACCAUAACAGUAGUUAAAAGUAUUAUCAUACUUGAUGGUAGGCAUUGUGGAGAUUAUAUUUCUCUAGCAAUUUAUUUCUAAAUACUUUACUUUUACAAUUAUUACUAGCAAUAAUUAGAAGGAGCUUCUAGCAUAUAAAUUUUAACAGAAAUAUAGUUUUUGUUGUACUUAUCCUAUUUUUGUCUCUCCUUUAAGUCAAGUAUUUUUUUAAAUGGCAAUAUUUCCUGUGUCUUUCCUGUGUUGGAAUGCUCUAUUGAUUAUAUAUAUUGCUGUAGUUGCAGUAUAAUUUAAUAUCUUAGAAUUUAUCUGUAAAUUAAUUCAACAACAGUGACAAAAAGAGUCCAAAGCUUUCAAAUCUUUUAAAACAACUGUUUUUCUUAAAAUACAGGUUUGUAAACUGUAGAUGGAAUGUUACCUAAUUUUGCUGUCUCUGCAAGUUAUGUGACUUAAAAGAUUUAAGAAUAAUUUACUUGUAUUAAAUACUUCCCAGAUCUUCAGCACAAUCAUAGGGGAAAAGCCUAACAGUGGGGAAUGGCCUCCAACUGAUUUAGUAGUGCUAGAAAGUUGAAAAAGAGCCUUCUAAUUCUUAUUCUUUUCUGGGAUGUGUUUAUUGCUGCUGUUUUUAUAUUCAUGGGAUGAUGUAUUCAUAAGCUUAAUUAUGAAACAAUACACUUGAGAUUGAUUAAUUCUAGGAUACUGACAGCUCAUUUUGCAACUGUGCCCAGUUAAUGUUAGUGUAACCAUGUAAUUCCUGGGUGAUGCAAGAAAACAUCUGAUAUCUAGGAAACCCUAUAAUUUUGUAACACAGGUUGGUGCCAAAUACAGAUUUGUUGAAAGGUAUAUGUAUGCACAGGUUUUGUGUCAUCAUUUUAAUCUACUGAGGAGAUAAAUUUUAUUUACUAAUUUGGAAAUUACUGUUUGCAUGGCAACCUUCUUAGAUGCCGAUAUUCUAUUCUCUGCUUGCAUACUGAUACAACUUUUGAAUUGUUUUACAAAUCUAGGAUCAGUGGGUGGCACGUAGUUCAGAGAAAUAAGCUUAUAGAACUCUAGCAGUUUACUUUUGUUGAAUAUAAGGAGCUGCUUCCAUAGUGCAUUUUGAAGGCUCACAGUAUAGAAGUUGGAGGAAGAAAGGGAAUGAAAGGAGAGGAUGCAUACUGUAAUAAUACUGUGUUUUAAAAAAAAGAAAAAAUAUAUAAUGUAUAAAAACUUUGACUGAAAGUGACUGAGUUGCUGGAGGAAGGAGAUGAUAGGGAAUUGUCCCCAUUUCUUAGAGGUGUUUUGUGGAAGUGUGAAAUUACAGUAAAGAUAUUCAAAAAGGUCUCUUGAAACUUGCUUUGGAGGUCUAGGCACUGCUGUCAGAGCUUGCAGUUGCUAAAACAAGACCAGUUAAGGCAGUGUAUGAGUUGGGUUUUGUUGGCUUUCUGCUAUUAUUAUUAACAAAUUAUUAAUUAUUAUUAUUAUUUACAAUAAUAUUAAGUGGGUCUAAAUUGAAGGUAGAGGUGCACCACAUUUCUAACUGCCCUGCUACUCAAGUAGGUGGUCACAUUCUCCUGAGUGUGCCUGUUGAUUGCAGUGAGAUGGUGCUGGCAUUCACUGGGUUUGUGACUGAAUCAAUAAAGUCCCCUGUCCCCUUUCCCCUCUGGCUUCCCCAAAAAGAUGGGUUUUUUUCUGGGUUACUGAUUUGAAUUUAUCUGUGGAAAGGUCUGAUAAGUGCUGGAAUUUGGUGUUUGAGGGUAGGUCAGUGCAGCUGGGGGUAGCUGGCAGGCAAGACCUGUUUGGCAGUGACAAAUCAGCUCAGCUGCCUCUGAAGCCACAGUCCCACUGUGAACUGGAGCAGCUGUCAUACAGUCACGUUUACUUGCCCUGGCCUAGCAGAGAGGUAGGAAAGGCAUUUGAGACAGUGGUGACUUAAACUGUCACAGCAAGACUUGUCAGAGUUGGUCGGCUUAAACCUUAGAGAUGUCAGUUUACUUAGCUGUCACUUUGUAUUAAGUUCUGACUGCACUUGGAGUGAGAGUCUUAUAGGUAUCCUAAGCUAAACUUUGACUGGGGAUGUUAGUUUCUUGGUAAGAUCUUUUAAUUUUGCUUAAGGCUUGCAUUUUGCAAGUCAUUUUCCAUACUGAAUUCCUCUGUGUUUUCUUGAAUUAUGGUUAUUUCCCAUGAGAGUUACAGGCUUGCUUAGCUGCUUCUGUAAUCUUUUUUGACUUCUGUUGAAGUUGAGAUUGCUGAGGUGACCAAAUAGCUUUCUGCAAUCAACAUGACUGGUUUCCCUGUCUCCUGCUUCCCCAUGUAUUAGUGGUGUGCCAGAUUGAUGGACUGAGCUCCUUUUGAAGGUCUGAGCACUGCAGGUGGUGCCUGGGGAGCGAGUUGAGGAGCUUGGAGCAGGGACAGUAAGCCCCUUAGAGACAGAUUAGGCCAUUCUCCUUGUUUUUCUGCUCAUAGGAAGCAGUUGCUGUAGCAAUAAAGCUCCUUUGUUUAUGAGAGUAUAGGGUAAGGAAAAGGACAUGGAAGAGUAUCCUAUUACUUUAUUAGCAAGAGAUUUUGAAGCUGAUCAAGGACUGUCCCCAUCAAGAACUUGUUAUCUCUUCAAGAGGUGUUCUAAAGAAUUACCUAUUUUCCUUUAUGGUUAGUGAGGUUAGUCUGGCUUUUUGAGAAUCUUCUGCCUCUGCAAGUUCAGUAUGGUUCUUUACCACUUCCUUAAAAAUCAUUCACUUCUGUUAUAUAUUUUUGGUAGUACAUUGAAUGGUGGUGGUUCAAAGAAAACCAUGAACCUUAACUUUUUGUCCUUCUUUUUAUUCGCUUUUUUAAAAAGUUAUUUUCUGCACAGACUGUCAGUGCUUUUCUUCCAGUUAAGGAUGGAAAUUAUAUUUACAGAGGAGAAACUGUUCUUUAAACACUGCAGACAUUCAGUCACUGAAAUGAAGGUUGAACAAAUCCUUAGGUACUAUACUGUAGUGCUGGGUUCCUAUAUAUGCAGGAAAGUGGUUGGCAGAGUUUCCUCUUAUAUCUAAUCUGUGACUUUUUUUAAGUAAUUGGGCAACAGAUUCUGUUCCUGCCAUAUUUAGAAAUUUAAUUUUUUGUAAGGUAACUGCUUGUUUUUUAAGGACUUACUGAUACUUAAAUUAUGGUUUAAUAGGGGAUAUCUAAUCAGUUUCUUAGGAAAUAAAAGUAAUUGCUUGUGAAGUAUGUAUUCAAAGGUGAUGUGCAAGGUGAGAUCCUGAGGAAAAUUUGCUGUGUCAGAUGGACAAGAAGAGUUCUAAUAAUCAGAAGCCGAGCAAAAUCAUUGUCAAUGAAAGCUGUGACUGUGAGAUAUUUUGUGUAGAAUCAUGCUCCAGAUUGACUUUGUGUCAACAUUACUUUAAUAGUCAAUUUUGUGAACUAUGUGCAGAUUUUUCCAGGUAUCCACUCUCUUUUGUUUUGAAUGGAUGAAGAUUAAAUUGAUGAGUGCAUUCCCUAUGUAGUUAAAAUAGCUGAGCCAAAUUUAUACUGUGUUUUAGGGACUGAGAUUUUAUUGGCAUGCUGAUUUUCAAGGUGAUAACGUGUUCAGUUGCUAACGACGUGUGUCUAAGUCUGUAGUUUCCACUAAACAUUUGAGCCAAUGUUAUUAGGCAAUUAAUAAAAAAGAAAUAAUAGCAUCUGAAUAUAAAGGAAUCAUAAUAAAAUGGGUAAUGUUUUACUAUGUUUCUUGCAUUCUGUACCACUCCAACAUUUUAAUGGCUUUAUCCUUUAAGUUCGUAGUAUCUAAGUUCUUUAGUGUACCUGAGGUCUUUGGAUUACUAGCUCCUUGCUGCAGAUACCUACAGCUAAAAGCAAAAGCAGAGAAAACACGUCUCUGGGUGUAUGUUUAGGCACUUCCUCAUUAAACAAGCUAUCAUUACUGACUUCCUUGCCUCACUUAGUGUGGCAGAGUUGUGGGAAUGCUGUCUUGAUUAAAAUUGUGUCCUGUUUGGACAAGACCUUUGACUUUUAGAGUCACAUACAAGUAUAGUGAUUACUGCAUAAAGUUUUUUCCAAACCUAGGUAGACUGCUAUAAAAAAGUGAAUUUGUUUACUUUCUAGAAAUUGUUUAAAAGUGAGCCUGCUUACUGAUACAGUGCAAGCUUUAUUUAAAUUGCAGCUGUGGUUCUGUGAUUUUAUGGGGAUUGGAAGAGAGAAGACAAUAAUGAAAGGAGUGUGGGAGUAUGAAAGCAGGUCAGAAAAGGGAGAGGGAGUUUCUAAUUGAACCAGUGACUUGCAGUGAGAGGGCGUGACUAAGUGAAGCAGAGCUUUUUCUAUUGUAUUUUUGUCAGUAUUAUUUGAUAUAGUGCCAAAAGUGUGUACGGUGCUGUAGAGUAGACGACUUGUUUCAAACACAUAACAUGCUCCCUGUGUUGGAGAACUUAAAUUCUUUAAGUAUAGUCAAGGGCAGUACAGAAUCAUGCAGUACAAAGAUGUGAUAGUGAAUGGUUGGUGGCAUUCACCCUGGAGCAGGAAAUUUGGAGAGCGACCUCAACCGAAACGGCUCACAAGGGAAGCAAUGCGAAAUUACCUGAAGGAGCGAGGUGACCAAACAGUGCUAAUACUCCACGCGAAAGUUGCGCAGAAAUCAUACGGAAAUGAAAAAAGGUUUUUUUGUCCUCCUCCAUGUGUGUAUCUCAUGGGCAGUGGAUGGAAGAAAAAAAAAGAGCAAAUGGAGCGGGAUGGUUGCACUGAGCAGGAGUCACAACCUUGCGCCUUUAUUGGAAUAGGAAACAGUGACCAAGAAAUGCAGCAGCUGAACUUGGAAGGAAAGAAUUAUUGCACUGCCAAAACAUUAUACAUAUCAGACUCAGACAAGAGAAAGCACUUCAUGUUAUCAGUAAAAAUGUUCUAUGGCAAUAGUGAUGACAUUGGUGUGUUCCUCAGUAAACGGAUCAAAGUCAUCUCCAAGCCUUCUAAAAAGAAACAGUCACUGAAAAAUGCAGACUUAUGUAUUGCAUCAGGGACAAAAGUGGCACUAUUUAAUAGACUUCGAUCCCAAACAGUUAGCACCAGAUAUUUGCACGUAGAAGGUGGUAAUUUCCAUGCCAGUUCACAACAGUGGGGAGCAUUUUACAUUCACCUCUUGGAUGAUGAUGAAUCCGAAGGAGAAGAAUUCACAGUGAGAGAUGGCUACAUUCAUUAUGGGCAGACUGUCAAACUUGUGUGCUCAGUUACUGGCAUGGCACUCCCGAGACUGAUAAUUCGAAAAGUAGAUAAACAAACGGCAUUAUUGGAUGCAGAUGAUCCAGUAUCACAGCUCCAUAAGUGUGCAUUUUACCUUAAAGACACAGAGAGAAUGUAUUUGUGCCUUUCCCAAGAGAGAAUAAUCCAAUUUCAAGCCACUCCAUGCCCAAAAGAACCAAAUAAAGAAAUGAUUAAUGAUGGAGCUUCUUGGACAAUCAUUAGCACAGACAAAGCAGAAUAUACAUUUUAUGAGGGGAUGGGUCCAGUCCAUGCUCCAGUGACACCUGUGCCUGUCGUGGAAAGUCUUCAAUUGAAUGGUGGUGGGGAUGUAGCAAUGUUGGAACUUACAGGACAGAAUUUCACUCCAAAUUUACGUGUCUGGUUUGGGGAUGUGGAAGCUGAAACGAUGUACAGAUGUGCAGAGAGCAUGCUUUGUGUUGUUCCAGACAUUUCUGCAUUUCGAGAGGGUUGGAGGUGGGUCCGACAGCCAGUCCAGGUUCCAGUAACUUUGGUCCGUAACGAUGGCAUAAUUUACUCCACCAGCCUUACCUUUACAUACACACCGGAACCAGGGCCACGGCCACACUGCAGUGCUGCUGGAGCAAUCCUCAGAGCCAACUCAAGCCUCAUGGCUUCCAGUGAAACAAACACAAACAGUGAGGGAAGUUACACAAGCGUCAGCACAAACCCCACCAAUGUCACAUCAUCUACGGCAACUGUAGUUUCCUAACUACUGUUGUUUGUCUGGACUUUAAUUGACUUUUCGUGCUACAUUCAAGAGAACUGAACAAUUUUUGUGGUUUCAUGGGAAAACACUUUUUCAUUUUAGGUGAUAUGAUUUGAACCUUGUUACCUGCAAGUGCUGAUCUUAAAAACAGAAGCCACAAUAAAAAAAGAAAAAACCAACAUCCGAAACAUAAGAACUUUAUUGAAAAUCUAUUUUUCAGCUGUGUUUUUUUUAGUGGGCAAGAAACAAAAAUGUGGCUGGGAUACAUGUUGAGCAAACUAGAAAACAUGAACACAACAUAGUUUUUAUGGACCAAGGAACUUGUAUAAGCUUUAGUAUAAAAGGUACAUUUUCACCAUACCUUUUUUGUAUCACAACAUAUAGUACACUUUUGUUACCAAAUAGUUUAUAUUUUUUUUUUCCUCUGAGCUUUUGCUCUGAAGUAUAUUCAGGUUCCAAGCCUGACCAUGCUUGUAUAAUCUAAUUACCAUACUCUUCCAGUUUUAAAAAAAAAUAUAUAUAUUUUUGGUCUGUGGCUGGAACUGUUCCUUUUUUUAAACUGAAGUCUUGUGACUUUUUAUGAACUGAAAUUGUUUUUAUUUCAGCAAGUAGAACCUUGUAAAGGCCAGCAUAUUUUUUUUAAGAUUAUAUGAAGUCUGUGCAAAAGCUUUAAAAAAUGCCUCUGCCUUGCCUGCAAUACAUGCAAUGUAUGUUAACUUUAGUGCUCUGUUUUCAGUCAUUGUUAAUAGUUAUUUCUGUUUUUCUUUUUUAAAUAUGUAUUUAUAGUGAUAAUUCAUGAGGUUCUAACAUUACAUGAGUUUUUUUCCCAAAAGUGGCAUCUCAAACAGUCAUAUUAAUGAUUGUUCAUGUCACGGGCAUACGUUGGUGUUUUUGAAGGGUUGUUACUGGGUUACUCCCCCUCUUCUUUGCUCAGUCAUAUUGCAUCUGAAAAUGUUUCAGGAUCUGUUCAGGUUUUUCUAAUCUUGUACAUAAUUUGUAUUAAGUGUAAGUUAAAUGUUUUAUUUCAAAAGUGGAAUGUUCCCAAUGACUUCAUUUGGCAGCAUGUCUUCUGUCUUGUUGGCAUGUAACUAAAGUACCAUGAGAAGUAUGUGCUACAAAUGGGAUUGGUAGGUGAUGCCCUUCAUCACUUAAAAAUCACAAGCAGCAUGUUUUUCUUCAUACUGUUCAGUAAAUUAGGCCAGACUUUUGUGUAACACUUGUAUUGAGAACGUGCUUUCAUUGUGAAGUGAUCAUACAGUAAUAACUAGAAGUAAAUUUUAUUACUUAGAAAUGGGCAAAUAGGAAAUCAUAAAAGCACUAUGAAGAUGUCAACUCCUCCCAUCCUUGUUUCCUGUGGGUUUCCCUUUCCCUGCCAACAGCUUGUGCAACAUUCAAGUCUUCUCUCCAGCAUAAAUUCAAGGCUCAUUUGCACUUUGACUUUGUUGGUUGUUGCAUUUGUUUUUCAUUUUGACUUUACCAUGUUUUGUCCCUCCUUGUAGACCUGCCUGCUUCAUUUGUAUUUGAAAGCAUACCCCAGUAGUUCACUUGUAGUCACAGAGCUAGGCAUAGACUUGUAGGACAAGUUCUGACAGCGUGAUCUUUCUCUUUAAAAGCCAAAAUUUCAUGGUGUGUUCAGCCUUUUCUAUACCCUGAAGCAAAAGUCACAACUGCUGUGUAAAUGUGAACCUGUGGUUUCCUACAGUGCAUUGCUUACAAGCUUACCUGUUGCCCAUUUUCAUAGGGUUUUUAUUUCUGACCACUUAUUCCAGUUUCAACACCCACCACCAUUUUAAGGCAUCGAUUCUGCACCAUAUUUGUGUACUCUGACGCUCCAUUCUACUUGUUUGCUUUAGUGCUCCGUUGUAUGUGUAAAAAGUAUGUGUUUAAAGGAAGAAAUUGGUUAUAAAGUAUAUUUAGCAAAUAGUAAAGUCAGUGCCACUAUCCUCCUGAAAUGUGCUUGUAUUCCACCACAGGCCUUCAUACUCGUUAUUCUGUAUUAUGAAACGUGUUCCUGGUAGUCCGAUGCUGGUUCCUAGCACUAGUGAAUGCUGCCUCACCUCAUCUCCAUUUCAGUGACCAAGGGCAGGAUUCAUUGUGGCCUUAUCUCUGUUUUAAACUGUUUACUGGCAUUUACUUGCAAAUCUGUU